AUGCCAUUAACAAGCACAAACGACUUUUCCACUUCUACAUCUAAUACCAACACUCUAGUUAAAAGUGCCUUUCAAAAUAUACCAAAAAUUGAGGAAAAAAUGUUAAGGGAGGAGAUGUCUCUUACUAUGAAAAUUGGAAGUAACAAAAGUGCAUUUACAACAAUUUGUAAUCCACAUAUUGAAAAUAAUAAAAAUAUACUAUCUAUGGAAAUAGAUAAUAAUAUUAAAGAUAUUGUUGAUAAUAAAAAACAAAUUAAUAAACCUAAUAGUAUAGAUUUAACAAAAAAUGCACCACCUAGAAUAUAUGAACAAGGACCAUCAGAUCCCUCAAGUCCUGUUGAUAUGUAUAAUGAUGGUUGUAAAAAUGAAUCACCAUUUUUAACUGUAGAUGCUAUGCAAAGAAUUAAUCUUCUCUCACCAAGUUAUGCAAUUGAUAUAAAUAAAUUAUGCCCAAAUUAUCAAAGUAACUAUGCAACAUCUGACUUGGGCUCCUCAACACGUAGUUCAUUUUCUAUUUCACCUACAACUGUUCAAUUAAAUUCAUUAUUUACUAAUUUUAGAGAUUCUAAAAGAUCAACUGAUUAUGAUACUGAUAGUGAUUAUUGUAGUAAAGAUCUCUUAUCACCAUAUAGUGCUUUUUCACCAUCACCCUUUAAUUCAUCUGAUAAUUAUCCAGAGUUACCAGAAACACCAUACUCAGGUUUUGUAUCAAAUGAUGGUCGAUCACCUAUACUUUCACCUCUUCCUUUUAAUUCAAGUACACUUUCACUCCACUUUAAUUUUGAUGGUCAACAACAACAACAACAACAUCAACAUCAACAACGUAGUACUUCCUCAUUGUCCACAUCUCGGUGUCACGAUGAAAUAUCAAAUAGUCAACAAUUUUUUUAUAAUUUUCUAUCACCAAAUAAUUUAUCAGCUAUAUCAAGAGAACGAAGUAAAUCUGAAAGUGAAAUGUUAGCUGAAUCAUUGAAUGUAUUUAGUGAAUCAAAUACGAUGUCAACAUUAAAUAUGCCAGUUACUCAACAUAAACAUCGAUCAAAAAUUGUUGCUUCUAAUAAUAUAAAGAAAGAACAUAGAAUACGCAAUUGCUAUUCACCGCAAACACAUUAUUUAGAAAAAAAAUUUUUAAAACCAAAAUAUGAUGAUAUUAUAAUGAAGUCGACAAAUAUUUGGGAUGCAAUUAGUAAUGAUAAUUUAUUUGGUAAUAGAUCAUCAUCAACACCUCCUCCAACAACAAAAGAAUCUGUAACACUUGAGGCAGCCAUUUUAGCUAAAGAGGCAGCUUCUUUAAACAAUGCAUCUAAUAUUCUUUUAUCUUCAAAGAGUGCAUUAAAUCUUAAUACUUUUGAUAAAAAUUUAUCACAACUUAACUUUGAUAAUAUAAAUUCUACAAACAAUUGGAUAGAAACACAGUUACAAGCAAUAAAUCGUGCUAUAUCUGUUAAUAGUAUAUCACAACCACCACCACUACAUGUUCCAUUAAUAUCACAAUCAAUUGUACCAACAUCACAAUUGUUAUCUCCCUCAAUGGGAAGUUAUACAUCACAAUUGUUAGCAUUAUCAUUACUUCAAAAUAAUCCUUUAUCAAUAUCAAAAAGUCAUUCUGAAAAUGAUUUAUCCAACUCAAAAACAACAUCUCAAUCUAUAUCCCAAAAGAAUGUAGUGAUUGAUAAUAAACAAACAAAUACUUUAUCAAAACCAUUUCCUGAUGUAUCAAUUACAACGCCUUUAACGACUCGUCUUACUCCAACAAAAACAUCCUUAAUACCACCAAUUGGAGCAAUUCCUAUUAGUUGUGGAAAUGAGGCAUAUGUCUGUUCUAUUUGUGGUCAAGCAUUUGCUUUAGCAGAUCGAUUAGCUAAACAUAUUGCUUCAAGACAUAAAGAUCCUAAUAUAGAUCCAAUAACUAUUGAAGCAAAUAAAAUACAUAAAUGUAAUCAAUGUGGGAAAAAAUUUGGAAGAAGUGAUAUGUUAACACGCCAUUUACGCCUUCAUACAGGAGUAAAACCAUAUAGUUGUAAUAUUUGUGGUCAAGUUUUUUCAAGAAGUGAUCAUUUGAGCACUCAUCAAAGAACACAUACAGGUGAGAAACCUUAUCAAUGUCCACAAUGCAACUAUGCAGCUUCAAGACGUGACAUGAUAACUAGACAUCUAAGAAUACACUCAAAAACUGAAGAAAAUAUGUCAGCUGAAAUGAUAUCGAGAAUAAAUAUUUCCCAAUCUACAUCUAACUUUGAAAAGGAGCAAUUAAAUAUAAAAACAACACUUGAUGUGCCAACGAUCUCUCUAAGUAGUCCGAUGGACACAAAUAGUAUUAAUAAUGAAGAAGAAAUUAAAAAUAGAGCUAAAAUAAUAUUUAAAAGUAAUGGUGACACUUAA